AUGCUGAAUCAAGUUAUAAGCUUGCCGGGCCAGCCAUCCUCACUCUCUACAAAUUCUGUUUCACCAAACGAAAUUGUCAUCUCAUGGAGCGCUCCUACUGAUGUAGGAGAUGGAAUAACAAGGUACUGUGUUAAGUGGCAGGCAGCUGGAAUAUCUCACAUUCAACAAAGAGUAGUUACAGUGAGCAGAUCUGCGACAUUGGACAAGCUAACGCCUUACACAUGGUUUGACAUCCAAGUGAGAGCAGAAACUGAUAAGGGAAGUGGCCCUUGGUCAGUAUCACUAAAAGUGAGAACUAACGAGUCAAUUCCAGCAGUGGUAAAGGUCGAUGACCUCGAGAAAGGCAUCCUUUAUCUGCCAAUCGCUAUUUCAGCAGCAUUGUUGUUUAUAGUGAUGAUCAUCCUCACCGUGGUUUUCAUACUGCUACGAAAAAACCAUCAAGAAAUGGCCUCAAGAAAAAAAGCUGUCAAAAUGAAUCAACGUGACUUUCAAGAGAGUUUGCCAUUAAAUGUUUUGAAUGUUGGUGCCCGGCUAGAGUUUGCUUCGGGAAAUGGAACCGGGAUUGAGAGGUUCCAUAGGGAACCGCUAGUCCAACAGGAGGGUGUUUACACCGAACUGCUUCCGGAGUCAAUGAUGACCUCUGAAAACGAUGGUUCCCGAACGUACACUUCCCUUGUGAAAUCAACAGAAGACAGCGACAUUGAAUAUAUGAAUCAAUUACUUGCUUCUGAGUAUGUUAAUGUUUAAGUGGAUUGUUCGUAUUUAAGAUGAAUAGCGCUAAUCCUUAAAAGCUGAGGUAAACAAAAUGCCGAUGGUAUGUGUCUCUGCGAAGCUGCUAU